AUGCUGGGAAGAUGCGUUCUGUCGCGCCCGCGGCACCAUUGGCUUCGACUCCGCAACCUUAAGGUUCAAUCUAGCUUACACCACCGAACCGUCACCAACAUCUCCACCACCAGAGUUCCAAUCCACCAGAAACAGCAUCAUGUAACCAGCGUUCCCCGACAACGCCGGGCCUUCUUCACAGACGCCAUUCCCACCGUACUACUCCCACCCACCAUCUUCACUGCUUUGCUUCUCGCUCUCUGGACCUGGAAAUGUUUCUGGAUCGUGGUCAUGCAGGACAAACUCCUGUACAUCGCGUGGCUGCCGCCGUUCGCGCGUUCCGAAAAGAUCGCCGACUAUGAAGCCCAGUGUGGUCCUGUGCAGUGGGAGGAGAAGCAGAUCCGGAGUUUGGAUGGGACGAAACUCGCAGUUUGCGAGGGACGCAUGAAAACCCCCUCUGCUUCCCAUGCGGACACUACUGCUACGACUAUUCCUCGCCACAGCAAUCAGGAGACGGUCGCGAAGCGUAAAAAACGCAUCGUGAUCUGCUACUUCCAAGGAAAUGGCGGAUCGACGCCUCUCCGGCUCCCGCUGCUCUCGGAUACGCUGCGCACGGUGACGUCAGCGUCGGAGGAUGACCACGUUGAAUAUAUCGUGGCGGCACUGUCCUACCGCGGAUACUGGACGUCGUCGGGUCGCGCGACGCAGUCGGGGAUCGAGCUGGACGCGCAGGCGUUCUUGGCCUGGGUCUCAAAGACUUAUGUAGAGCCGGACACCGACCUGCGGAUGAUUCUCUGGGGCCAUAGCCUCGGAUCAGCGGUUGCGAGUACCGCUCUCGCGACGUAUCUGGCUUGUCAGGGCGGCGGAGGUCCCUCGGUGCCAAUGCCGAAAGAAGACGGUGAUCAGGCAGGGGUGGUGCCAAUCACCGGGCUGGUUAUGGAGACUCCGACGUCCAGCACAAAAGAUAUGUUGAUCAGCUUGUAUCCGCAGAAGUGGCUGCCGUAUCGGUAUUUAUGGCCAUUCCUCUGGAACAAUUGGGACAUCUCGGUAGCAUUGGAACGGAUGGCGGAAUGGAGGGACCAGUGCCGAUCGAGAGAGGCGGAGAUGAAACAGGGUGGAUUUGGUGAGCAGACGGCGGUACUAGGGUCGGGAACUGCGAAGCCGAGACCGAUGACUUGCUCGCCGCCUCCCAUCCUUAUGCUCUCCGCUGAAAAAGAUGAAGUCAUCCCACCCCACGCAGCAGAUCAACUAGAGGCGGAUGCGAGGAGGCUGAAGCUGGUACUGCAGAGAAGGCAUGUGGCAGGUGCCAUGCACACCGAGGCAUUGGUCAAAGUGGGAGGCAAGAGAGCGAUGAUGGGGUUUUUACUUACAUCUACCUAG